AUGCCGCAUCACGAGAGCACCGAGGGAGGGCAGAGAGGCUGCGCUCAUACCCAUGGCGCGGCGCAGGGCUUCCCCUUUGCCGGUUCCAGCCGCCACUACGCGCCCGACGUCAGGGUGGAGCCUCGUCACAUCAGGGCCGAGUACGACUUCCAGAUCAAGGAGCGUCGUGCUACGUGCCGCGCUGUUCUGACCGUGGUCUCCAACGACCGCACCGCCAGGACGAUCGCACUCAACGCCAUCGGCUUCGCGGACGUGGACGUGAAGGACGAAGAGGGCAACCAGCUGGUGUGGACCUACGACGGGGAGCUGAUUAACGUCACCUGGGCCGACCCCAUCGCCAAGGGCCAGGAGCGCAAGCUCCACGUGGCCUACGUGCUGGACCACCCCGUGAGCGGGAUGCAGUUCUCCUGCCCCGACGAGGCCUACCCCACGCGCCCCCUGUUUGCUGCUACCGACAACGAGACCGAAAGGGCGCGCUACUGGCUGCCUUGUGUGGACUUCCCCCAGGUGAGGCAGAGCCUGGAGUUCCUGCUGACGUCGGAGGAAUCCCACACGCUGGUGGCCAACGGCGUUCUUCAGUCGGAAGUGACCAACAACGGCCGCAAAACCGCUCACUGGAAGCUCGACUUCGCUUGCCCCUCCUACUUGGCCUGUAUCGCCGCCGGAGAGUUUGAUCUGUACCCCGACGAGACCGUGGAAGGCGUACCCAUCGCUUACAUUGCCUGCAAGGGCGUCCCAGAGGAGAGCGUGCGGCUCGUGUUCGGCAAGACGCCGGCCAUGAUGAAGUGGCUGACCAAGAAGGUGGGCCAUGCCUUCCCUUUCCCCAAGUACUACCAGAUCAUCGUCCCCAAAAUUGGAGGCGCUAUGGAAAACAUCAGCUUGGUGACGUGGGACGACGUCUUCAUGCUCGACAAGAACCUUGCCGCGGAGUGGGGCUACGUCGUGGACAGCGUGAAUAUCCAUGAGAUGGCCCACAGCUACUUCGGCGACGCACUUGUCAUCCGCCACUUUGAGCACGCCUGGCUCAAGGAAUCGUGGGCGACCUACAUCGAGGCCGCCUGGGUGGAGGACCACGAGAAGCGCGACGAGUUCGAGUACGAGAUGUGGUGUAACGCGUCGGGCUACUUCUCCGAGUGUUCAUCCUACCAACGCCCCAUCGUCACCCGUUCUGACGUAUCAAAUCUGUCAGGUGGCGCGUGGCGGAUCCACAUGCUCCGCCGCCUCAUUGGCGACUCGGCCUUUUGGGCGGCCGUCCAGGCCUAUGUCGGGGACUUCCACCAGAAGAUCGUGGAAACGGUCGACUUCCAGCGCGCCCUGGAAAAGCAGUCCGGACGCAACCUCACCAAGUUCUUCGAUCAAUGGCUCCUGAGCCCCGGGUAUCCGAAGCUGAAGGGCAAGUUUGACUACUCCGCAGAGAAGAAGCAGGUCAGAGUCUCCUUCGAACAGACCCAGAAGGACGAGAAGCAGGGCGUGGGCUUCUUCGAGUUUGCUCUCGACGUGGAAGUGGUCGACGAAUCGGGAGCUGUUCACCAGGGAGUCGUUGAGAUGGACGAUGCGACGGGCAAGGCCUCUGUCAUCCUCUCGGGCGUCGCUUCCAAGCCCAAGACCAUUCGGGUCGACCCGGAGCAAAAGGAUGUUGGCAACCGCAUUUGGGCUGGCAAAGAGUUGGCCAAGCUGGGCACACGCCCUGCGCUGCGCGCUCUUCGUGAGGUCCUGAAGGCAGAGCCUUUCUGGGGUGUGAGAGUGCAGCUGGCCAAGGCCCUCGCCGAACAGAAGAACGCUGGCAUCUUCGUCUCGGAGAUCCUGGCCGAAGUCAUCGCUUCGGAGACCGACCCGCGCGCCUUCAUGCCCACUCUCAAUUCCUUCUCGUCCAUCAGGGACGAGGUCAUGCGAUCUGCCCUGCGCAAGUGGAUCGAAGCGCACCCCUACGCCUACCGCGGCCAGUGGGCCGCGCUGCAGGCCCUGGGCAACCAGCGGAACGAGGAGGACCUCGACCUGCUCACCGCCGCCGCUUCCCUUGACGGACCCUUCCCCUGGACGAGAAACGGAGGCAUUCGCGCGUUGGGCAACACCAAGUCGCCCAAGGCUCGCGAUUGGCUCGAGGCCAAGCUGGCCUACGGCCAACUCCGCGACAAUGCGCGCGAGGCGGUGAUCGGAGCCUACGCCGAGUGCACGGCUUACCUGUACGACAAGGACCACGUCGCCAGGAAGGACGCCGUCACCAAGCUCACCGCGCUCCUUCGUGAGGAGGACCCGGCCAUCAAGAAGGCCGCCGUCACUGGUCUCGUCACCCUGCGAGCCACUGGCGCUGCCGCUGCCAUCCGCUCCCUGAGGCCGCUGCUUUCCAACCAGACUGGUCCCUGGCUGGACAGCAAGCUGAAGGCCCUGCAGGAGGGCGCGGGCGAGGAGGUGACUCAGCUCAAGAAGAAGGUGGAGGAGCUCGAGGCGGCCGUACGCAAGCUCGAAGAUAAGCAGCGCGACGCCGAAGAGGAGAAGAAGGCCAACGCGGCUUCUGCGGCCGCCACCAAGGCCAAGAAGACUGGCCUGUCGGGCUGCACCCAUCACUUUUGUUUCGUGUGCAUUGAGCAAUGGGCCACGGUGGCCACUGUCUGCCCGCUGUGCAAGACCCGCUUCACCAGCCUCCUCCGUUCCACUGAGCCGUUCAGGCGAAGGCUGAAGGUGUGCGUGUCGCGGGAUCCGUUGCAGGCCGGUGGGAAGGUGGAGCAGGUGGCAGUCAAGCCGAAGGACCUGAGGGCUCACUACUCUGACGAUGAGCUCGACGGCCUCGUGUCCAACGAUGAAGAGGGCGAUGAAGGCGCCGCGCGCGCCUUCAUGGAUGACGAGGCCGAGGAGGUGAGCGAUGGGACGGCGGAGCGGGAGGCGGAGGAGGCCGACCGGGAGUUGGCUGAGAUAUACGGCGAGCCGGUGCACCACGGGCGCACGGUCGACCUGGACCUCGUGUCCGACCACGAGUCGGACGACGACGACUCGGAGGGGAGCCUCAUCGACUUCAUCGUGUCGGACGACGACGCCAUCGCCACCUACGCCUCGAGCGACGAAGACGACGAGUACGAUCCCAGCGCCAGGCGGAAAAUGAUGAAGAACAAGAAGGCGGCGAAGGAGAAGAAGAGUAGCAACAACAAGAAGAAGAAGAAGGUGGUCAUCUCUCUCGAGGACGAUGAGGAAGACGAGGAAGCUGGCGGAAGUGACCGAGGGCGAAGACCCCUCAUGGACGACUGCCUCCUGCCUUCUGACGACGACGACGACGACGACGACGAUUCCAGAGCAAAGGAGAAGAAGGACGAAGCCGACGAGGACGAGGGCGAUGAGCAGACGCGGCUUCUCCGAGGCCUCUUCAACGACGAUGAAGAUGACGACGAAGGGGCCGCCGGCAAGAAGGCCAAGGCCAAGGCCGAGCGCAGGAAGACCGCCAGACGCGCGGCGGCCGAUGAUGACGGCGACGAGGAGGACGAGCAGGACCGGCUGCGCGCCGAUUACGUGGAAAGGAAGCGGGAGCUGGUGGCCGAGUUCGAGACCCGGAUGGCGGCCCUCAAGCGCGAGUACGUGGCCGCCCGCUGCGCCGCUCUACUCCGACGCAUCCUCCUCCUCCUCCGAAAAACCGGCGCAGCCCACGACCCACCACCUCGCGCGAAGGAGACGGCGCCGCGUCAGUGGCGGUGA